GGCACCCAACACGUCACUUCACCCGCCAUGGGGUUCGACGACAGGGAGGGGAGCUCCUCGUCCUCCGGGCUCGACGCGGCGGCGCUGCUGCCGCGGCACGGCGGAACCGGCAAAGCGCGCCUGUCGUCGCAGCCCAAGACCUUCGCCAACGUCUUCAUCGCGGUGGUCGGGUCGGGCGUGCUGGGCCUCCCCUACACCUUCUCCCGCACGGGCUGGGCGGCGGGCUCCAUCCUGCUCCUCGCCGUCGCCGCGCUCACCUACCACUGCAUGAUGCUGCUGGUCGCCAGCCGCCACCGCCUCGCCGACGAGCACCCCAAGAUCGCCUCUUUCGGGGACCUGGGCGCCGCCGUGUACGGCGCCGCGGGGCGGCACACCGUCGACGCCAUGCUCGUGCUCAGCCAGGCCAGCUUCUGCAUCGGCUACCUCCUCUUCAUCGCCAACACCCUGGCGCACCUCUACCCGAUCGGUGGCGCCUCCGCGUCCUCCCCACUCCUCACGGCCAAGGCGCUCUUCAUCUGGGCCAUGCUGCCGUUCCAGCUGGGCCUCAACUCCAUCAAGACGCUCACGCUCCUCGCCCCGCUCAGCAUCUUCGCCGACGUCGUGGAUCUCGGCGCCAUGGGCGUCGUCCUCGGCCAGGACGCCGCCACGUGGCUCGCCGAGAAGCCGCCCGUCUUCGCCUUCGGGGGCCCCGCCGAGAUCCUCUAUGGCCUCGGCGUCGCCGUCUACGCCUUCGAGGGCAUCGGCAUGGUGCUGCCGCUGGAGGCGGAGGCGGCCGACAAGCGCAAGUUCGGCGGCACGCUCGGCCUCUCCAUGGCCUUCAUCGCCGUCAUGUACGGCCUCUUCGGCGCCAUGGGGUACCUGGCCUUCGGCGCCUCCACGCGGGACAUCAUCACCACCAACCUCGGCGCCGGGUGGCUGUCCGUCACCGUGCAGCUAGGCCUCUGCAUCAACCUCUUCUUCACCAUGCCCGUCAUGAUGAACCCCGUCUACGAGGUCGCCGAGCGCCUGCUCCACGGCAAGCGCUACGCAUGGUGGCUCCGCUGGAUCCUCGUCGUCUUCGUCGGACUCAUGGCGAUGCUGGUGCCCAACUUCGCGGACUUCCUCUCCCUCGUCGGGAGCAGCGUCUGCGUCCUGCUCGGCUUCGUGCUGCCGGCCGCGUUCCACCUCAAGGUCAUGGGCGCCGAUAUCGGCUGGCCGGGGCUUGUCAGCGACGUGGCCAUCAUCGGCGUUGGCCUCGCGCUUUCCUUGUCCGGGACAUGGACCUCGCUCGCGCAAAUGAUCUCCGGUUCUCCCAACUCGUAAGCAUCGAACAAGAUAUGGAUGCAUUGGGAAUGCUCAGGUGUACAUUGGAUUGAGCAGAGACACAGAGCCAAUUCAGCUACUAUGUUGAAUUCGGCAUGGAUAAUAUGGUUGCUCUUGAUACUUGCAUUGCUCCACACAAUGCCACAAGGGGGGCAAAUGGAAGAAGUUCCUCAUGGUACCACUAGCAAAUCUGUAUUGUAAGCUACGACGAAUCGGUGUAUUGUACAAGAGUAUUUAUGUUGCUGUGAAGACAUUCUUUUGUUCGAAAAGGUUGGUGUAUAAUCAAGGGUUAUUUGCCUAGUUCCCAAAGGAUGUAUUGCCAAUCGUGUCUCAUGUAUUCUGAGAGAUUGAAAGUUUUUGUUUUCCUUAA